AUGUUAAUGACAGGCAUAUUCAAGAGCACCUGUAAGAUCGACAUAACAUGGUUUCCAUUUGAUGACCAGAAGUGUGACAUGAAGUUCGGCAGCUGGACUUAUGACGGAUUUGCAUUAGAUCUGAGACUUUCCAGCGAAGACGGCGGCGAUAUAUCUACUUAUAUAGCUAAUGGCGAAUGGGUUCUUAUGGGUCAGUUCACCCACUAUACCAUUUCCACUAUACUCCCCGCUCUAUCAUACUCUGUACACUAA